AAUCUAGGUAUAAAAACCUCCCAAAUUUCUCCAAUUUUCGUACCACACAAACAUACAGAAUCCACUUUCAGACAUCAUCAACACCUACAAUAACAACAACAAGAAGCAGAGAAAACGAAAUCACUUUAUCUCAUUCAAUCAUCUCAGUAAAAAUGGCGACAUUCGAGCUUUAUCGGAGGUCGACGAUUGGAAUGUGUUUGACGGAGACGUUAGAUGAGAUGGUUCAGAAUGGUACUUUAAGUCCUGAGCUUGCGAUUCAAGUUCUUGUUCAAUUCGAUAAGUCGAUGACUGAAGCUCUUGAAGCUCAAGUGAGAACCAAAGUAACAAUCAAGGGACAUUUGCACACGUACAGAUUCUGCGACAAUGUCUGGACUUUCAUCUUACAGGAUGCGCUGUUCAAAAGCGACGAGUGCCAGGAAAAUGUCAGCCGAGUUAAAAUAGUGGCAUGUGACUCUAAGCUUCUCACUCAGUAGGACGGUCAGACCAUAUGAUAAGAUCCUAAGAUUGAUCAUGUUGAUCGUUGUAGUCUUGUAGAGUAGUGUAUGGUACUGAGCUCUGUUAAACUGUGUGAAAGGACUUUGAGGAUACUGAAACUUGUGAAACUGCAUUAUCCAUACUACAUUUUACUUCAUGAGUUA